AUGCAGAGGCCUCAGCCUGCAGACACCCGAGGACUGGAGAGCCUUACUGAUACUUUCAUCGUCGACAUCGGGCCCAACGCAGAGCGCCUCGCGUGCCGCCGCCAGGUUUUUCGUCACCUGCGAGGCCUCAUACUCGAAACCUUCCGCGAGUGGAGAUCGCGGCAGUGGGCAGCUACGCGCCAGGCGCAACUCGCGUCGUCCGUCGCGCCGUCCGCUGCGCCGCCGCGCGCCUCCGAGCCUGGGUCCGAAGCGCACGGAGAGCGUGCGGAAGAAGCCCACCGCGGAGACUCUGGCGGCGCGGAGGCAGGGGGCGGCCGCUGCGCUGGAGAGGCGCCGCUUGCUGAUGCGCGAAAGCGAGGCGAAGCUUGCAGCUGUCGGUGCUGCGAAGGCCGUCGCAGGGCGCCAGGAGACGGAGAGAGACCGACUCAGGGACAACGGCGGGGUGUGCCGACCGAGGUCUGCACACGAUGCCGGCGAUCGCGAAGACCCGGAGCUUGUCAGGGCGAGAAGAGUGGCGAGGCACACACAUGGGUCGCUGCCCCCGCUGACGUGGCGCACGACGCCUCGCGCCCGGGAGAUGGGGCAGAGGGGACCGCGGAAGGAGACAGGCAGGCGCACGCCGACGCUGGCGCUUCUUCCUCUCGCGGGAGUAGUGGAAAAUUAGAUACACAGUCUAGCGAAGGCCCGAAGGAUGGAGAAGGCGGCGCCUCGGCGGCCAAAGACUGUCAAAGCGGCGAAGGGUGUUCAUGCGCGGAGGCCACUGCGGCAGACGGCGGCGUAUCCGCAGGUGGAGCCCAAGCGGCGGGCGCCGUCCCCUCAGGGCCUGCCGCUGGAGAGACUCCCGCGGAGACAUGCUCCCGCGACUGCUGCCAACGCGCAGCGGGCGCCGGCGGCGACGUGAGCCACACCGCACGCGAACGGGCGAGACGAGGAAGCGAAGGGGACUCCCUAGGUGGUUCGCGCCCGCGUGAGAACCCCAGCGCGCGCGAAAGGCGCACGAGCUCGAGUAGAACUGUGCCUGCAUCGUCAUCUUCUUCCUCCUCCUCGUCCUGCCUCCCGUCGUCGUCCUCGGCGUGGCCUGAAGGCGCGCCCGAGACGUCUGGGGGCUGCGGCGAAAAGCCAAGCGGGGCGACGGCCUCGUCGUCGACGUGUGCCUCCUCAUUCUCUCUCGCUCCCUGUGUGUACUGCUCCUCUUCUUCUGCCUCUUCUUCCUCUUCGUGUGGCUCUUCGCCUUGCCUUCCGGCAGCUAAGGCGGCUGAGCGCGCCGCGCAGUACCAACCCGAGGAGGACGACAUCUGCGUCGCUGUGUACCGCUACGGUUCCUUUCCGCUGCGGACGUUCCUACCCGACGGCGACUUGGACAUUGGCAUCAUCACCUUCAACAGGCACACUGGCGUCCUCGAGGGUGAAGAAGAGAGCGACGCGCUGCUCGCCGCGCUCCUGGAGGCCUUCCAGCAGGAGCGCGUCAAGAACAACAAGAAGUUCCCCGUCCGCGAAGCCUCACUCGUUGACGCCGAGGUCCGCAUCCUCAAAUGCAUCGUCGCCGGGAUCGCGGUUGACGUGUCUGUCAACAAGGUCGGUGGGUGCUGCUCGCUCGUCUUCCUCGAGCUGGCAGACAGGCGAAUCGGGCGAGAUCACCUGUUCAAGCGCUCUGUGCUUCUCAUCAAGUCAUGGUUCGCCUACGAGUCACAUCUGCUUGGAAGCCGAUCGGGGCUGUUGGCGACGUACUGCGUGGAGACCCUUGUGCUCCAUCUGUUUCACGUGUUCCCCGCUUCUCUGCUCCCGACGCCGCUGCAUCUGCUGUUUCACUUCUUCUCGUACUACUCCUCCUUUCACUGGGACCGCUACGCCGUCACCUGCUGCGGCGCGCUGCCUCUCACGUUCAUCACUCGCGCCGCUUCCUCGUCGUCUUCCCCUUCCCUCUCUGGAGAUCGGCGUCAACAGGCAGGGGGGGCGGCGCCUUUGCCCGCUCUGUCUUCUCGCCGCUCUGUGCCGGGGGUCGGGAACACCUCCUUCUCUUCUUCAGCUUCGCAUGCCCCUGCGUCGUCUGUCCCCCCUCAGCCCUCCUCUUCUCCGUCUGCAGCCUCCCCGUCCUCCCUCGCGCCGCCGCGUCCAGACGGCGCAGAGGAAGCCCCGCCGCACGCGGCGGGGGGGCGGCUUCCAGCGGCCGCGAGUGCCGCGGCGCCCUCUGGCGGGCGGUUCAUGGGCGAGCACUGGGUCGGCGUCGAGUACGAGGGCUGCGAGGCCCCGUGGCUGGUCGCGCGGCAGCGGCAGAAGCAAGAAGAGAAUGGCAGCCAGGAUGACGACCUGCAGCUUGAGCGCGCAGCUGCGCUGAUGCUGCUGAUGCAACAGCAGCAGCGCAACAUGGUCUUGGUCCCUCACCCCACGCCUCUCGCCCUCCCGGCCUCUGCGGGCACCCCGGAGGCCACCUCGGGAGUGCUGCACGGCGGCGGUCGCGGCGCUGCUGGGCGGUCGGCGCCUGCGGAGGUCGUUCUGCAGCCGCAGGGCCCCUCGAUGAACAUGGCCAGGAUGAUGGAGAGCGUCGAGUUCGUGGAGGAGUGCAGGUACAGAUUUCGCCACUCGUACGGCGCGUACGGCGCCGCCGCGGCUGCCCAGCGGGGCGCCGGUCUGCGGCCGUUCUCCGCGGCUGCGGGCGGAGGCGCGUCGUCCGCCGCGCCGUGGUGGGUAGGCAGCGGCGCGGCGGCGAGCGCGUCGUCGACGCCGUCGCACUCGACUUCUCAGGGGCCUGCUGCGUUUUCUGGUCUCGCCACCAAACGCGCGCAGCCGCAAACGGGGGGCGCGGGAGGCGGCGGCGCGGGCGCGGGCUUCGCCUCGGGGGCCGGCGCCCCUGCGGGAGCUCACGGGCGGAGGAGGUGCCCUUUCUUGUUUCGCAGUAUGAACGUCGUGGACCCACUUCACAAUAGCAACAAUCUGGCGAGGAGUGUGAGUGAAACCGCCUUCUACCGGCUGCUGCACGCGAUGAAGAAGGGCCUCCGCGCGCUCACGGGCAUCCUGACUUCGGGAGACACCGCGCAGUUCCGCACGCUCUUCCUGCCCAACUCGUAUCUCCUCCUCGAGCGCAUCAUGUUCGCCACCGUCGCCUACCCGGCGCUGCGCCCGCUCAUCUGCUUUCCCCUGCCGCCGCCGCGCCUCGGCGCCGCGCCCGGAAUGUGUUUCUCGCUUCCUGGCGCGUCCCGCCGCGAUCUGCGCCACCGGGCGCCGGCUCACGCAGGCCCGAGCGCUUCUGCGUCGCCUACGGCAUCUGCGUUCCGCAGAGGCCCCGCGGGCGCUGCGGCGACGACGACGCGGGCGAGCGAGGAAGGCCGGAGGGAGCCAGCGAGUCUGAGGCAUCCGCCGUCGGCGUCCGGCGCCCCCUGUGAGUGUCAAUGCGCACGCCACGCACAGGCGCUGGCUGCCGCGGAGCGGGGAGACGCCAAGGAGGAGCGGAGGAAGGAUCGCGCCGCGGGGCCGGAAUUUGCGAAAGCAGCUGCCUGCGCUACCGAGAAGGCAGGCAGUGGAGAGCCCAAAGGCAAGCGAGAGAGGGGAAAGCGGCGGUCGCCUAGUCCGGCGGCGCAGCGAGAUACUCCACAGGACGCCGCGCAAAGGAACGCAGAAGACCGCACGCACGCCUCGCCGUCCUCUCCGCGCGCGCCGCCGUCGACCCCAUUGCGUUCGCCACCUUCGCCGGCAAGCGCCCCGCAGCGAGAAGGGUCACGCAAUAGAGGGGGGAAGGCAGACGCGCGCCAGAACGAAGCGGCUGUGACGAGGGAGGACGGAGACGCGCGCCCCGAUCCGCCGGGCGGGUGCCCUUCUGGCGCGGUCGAGCCGCCUCAGUCCGGUCGCGCUGCUUCAGGGCAGCCAAGCGGGGCGGAGCAGGGAGACUUUCCGACGCUGCGAGGCCUCGAGCACCGUGGCAAGAUCGGCGAAGUCGAGCAGAGUGAAGCGGAGACGCCUGUCUCGGCAGGUGGAGAACGUGCCGAGGAUGAGACCCUCGCGGAGAAGGAGAGAGGGGAACCAGGGGUAGGCGAGGGCUCGCCGUCGGCUGGGUCCGCCGCCGGCAGACCUCGCCAGAGGAGUUUGUCGCUGUGCUGCGCACCGGCCGAAGGGCACCUCGAGAAGGCUUCACACAGCGGGAAGCGUCAAGGCGGAAGCGCAGAGGAGAGGCGAGGGCAGGGAGGAGGGCAGGGUGAGAGAGAGAGCCGUGCGGCGGCGGAGGCGAGCGGCUCGGCGGCGUCGCGCGCGCGCGACCUCGACGUUGCGGGGGCGCGAGCCCUGUCGCCUGUCUCCUCGAGCAAAGAGUGUGAGAGGCGCGACGGCGAUUCGGGCGAGACCAGCACGGGGGAGGAGGACGGCGCAGAGGAAGAGCCGGUCGUCGAGGACACCCUCGUUGAGGAUGAAAACCUGGAGGAUGCGCUGGCGCUGGGUGACCUCGAGGUCGCGAACCUCCUCGAUCUUUGCCAGCUCCUGCGUCAACCCAGUUGCCUCCCGCCGGACUUCUUGCAUGCGUCCGCGUCUCCUUCGUGCCCGGUCCCAGCGGUGACCGGCACCCGUGCGGCGUCGCCGUCCCUGCCUGUGUCGCGUCCCUCGAAGCUCUCUCGCGACGGGGCUGAAGCCGGCACAUGCGCAGCCGGCGAGAGCCAGCAAGGCCUGCUGCCCCUGUCUCCGACCGCGGUCGAAGGCGCCUCAGGCGGCGAGGCAGGGGACGGACGGACCGAUGAGGAAGGUCUCGACAUUUGGAAACGGCGCCUGGAACAGAUUGCAGGGUUUUUGAACGGUGAACGGACCCGCGCGCCGCUCCAACAGGCGAGCGUCGUCUGCGUGGCAGACUCCAAGAAACCGAGCGGAAAACAGACGAACGACGAAGGGCCUGAGGGCGCGCCGCGCCCGACGGCCCCGGUCGGGGGUGAUGACCAACAGAAGCAGCAAGAGCUACGCGGGAGGCAUGCCUCUGAGAGUCGCCGGGAGAGAAAAGGGAAGGGCAGAAAGCGGUCGACAGACAAGGAAUCGGCGGCUGACGAUUUGAACGAGAAGCGGGACGUAAACGACUCGCAGGCAACGCCAGAUUGCGCCUCGCGGCCUCCGGCCUCCUCAGCCCAACCGGCAGAUUCAGCAAUCUCGUCGGAGGACCGGAUCUUCUCUUUUUCUGCUCCCGUCAUGUCGAAAGAGAAGCAAAGCGGUCUGGGGCGGAGAGCUGCGUCGCGAGGGCCACGCGAAGGCAGGCCGCGCCAGGCCGAGGGCCGAGGCGAAGGCGACAACGACAAAGGGCGCAGCGAGAAAUAUCGGCGGCAGGGCAGCGCCAGCAGCGAUCCUGCGCCGUACUGCGCUUCUACUUCUCUUCCUCCUGAUGCGAGUGCCUCGCCCUUGAAGGCCCCUCGACCGCCUCACCCCCGUCUCAAGCUCCUGCUUCCUCUGUCCUCUCCACGCCUGUAUCCCUUCGGGCCCUACACUGGCUCGAGUGCUUCGUCAGGGUUUGCUUCUGGGGAGGCAGGCGGUCCUCUUGGGCAGGACGCCUCUCUUCUGGGCGCCCGCCACUCGCUUCAGGCCGAGUUUGGCCUUUUCGGCGCGCCGGCAGGCCCAGGGGCCUCGGGAGCUGGCAGUGCGGCUCCGGCCGCGCUCGGAGCAGGCACUCUAGGGCGCCACGGCCCCGCUGCGGGGACAAGCCCCGCUACGAUGCUGGGGGGGGGGCAAGGCGUGAUUGCUCUGAACGCCAGCGGGUCGACGGGGGGUGCGGCAGGGAGCGUGCACAGCGGGCUCGCUUCGUCCUCUGCCGCCCGCGGCUUCGUCUCGUCCCUCGGCCCCGGUGCCUCAGCGUACGCGGGAGGCGGCGUGUACGCGUCGCUUUCGGUCCCGGCGGCAGGAGGGAACUUCUACGCUCACGGGCACCGCCGCGGAGCCCAGGGCGGAGCCUCGACUCACGGCGGGGGGGGCCUCGCCUCGUCAGGGCCUUCGGUCGGCGACUCGGCGGGAGCCGCAGGCGUGCCGGCGGGCUCGGCUUCCACGGGGUCCUUGGGGCACUUCCGCGCCGCUCCGUUUGCUCAAGUUGCUGCCCACGGCGUCUCGCAUUCGCUGGCAGCCGCCCACCCGCCACGCUCCCGCCGGCGGAGCAGCAGCACCCAGCAGAUGACCCAGUGCGGCUCUGCGAGCGAGGAGGCCGCUGCGCCGCGGGGGGGUCACGCAGGCCGCAAUUCGGCAGCCGCGACCCGCUGCUGGACUGUCUCACACGCUGCGGGCGUGAUUGGGGCGCCUUCUUCCGUGCUGGCAGGAGCGCCGCUCGCGCGGCGCUCACAGACGGGAGCUGCUGCCGGCGACAAGGGCGGCGGCACCGAGGGCGCUAAGCGCGAGGCGGGAGGAGGAGGCCCCGAAGGCGCGACGCCUGGCCGCAGCGCCUCGCAACGCCGAAGCAGCUCCGAGAGCGAGUACGGCUCGAGCCGCUGUGGAGAUGGACGGAAGGCUGUGAGCGGCGCAGGCGUGGUGGACAAGGGCGGAGCGCAUCCGCCAGGGCCGGCUGCUGCAGGCUCUGAGCCAGCGGCCCUAGGGCUCCACUGGCGAGUCCCUCAGGGGUCGCGGCACGGCCCCGCCCCGCACGCAGGCUCAGAGGGGGGCGCCGUGGCGGCGGACGCGGGGCAGGAAGCGGGAGGCGGCGGGGCCGUGGGGGCCCGGACGGCGGCGGGGACAGCCAGUGAUGUGGGGCUGGGGCGGCAGACAGUCGGCCCCGGUGCGCGGGGACAGGAGCGAGCGCGAAGUCGGGGCGGGACAGCGCCCCCGAUGGCGGGUGGCGGUUACGAUGAACUCGGCGCGGACUCUGACUUGCCUGCACUCACCAGCGCUGCAAGCACCGGUUGCCUCUCGUCCGGUGACGGCCUCGGCAGUGACGGAGACAGUCGCGCGAGCCUCAGCGCCAGUUCGACGCGGGGGCGGUCGUGGGCCUCUGUGGCGACGGCGGCAGCGGCUUUGGCGACCGCAGAUCUACACGCGGGGGGCGCGUCACCCGGCUCGGGCAAAGGCAGCGCAGGGUCGGCGUCCCUCAGUUCUGUUAACGGAAAGGCCCUAAAACCCCGCUCACAGCGGAGUAGCAGUCUCGCGGGUGUCGCCCUAGCGCCGCCGGCGAGCUCAGCAGGUGAGACAGCGGAUGUCGCUGUUCGCUCUUUCGCGGCUCGCGCAGGAGCAGGCGCGGCAGGGGCAUCCAGGGGGAGCGGAGACGCGCGUUUGACUGCGGCCGAGGCGCGAGACGCGGGACUCCACCUGCGAGGCCUCGAGCGCAGCGCCCAGGUCACGCCGGGUGGUGGCGGAGACGACAGAAAUCGAAGCAAGGCGGAUUCGGAAAGCGGCAGCGCGAGGGCGCUACCGCAGAAGAAUGCAGAACAUGUGGAGGACGGGAGGUCCUGCCGCGGUGCACACGCCGAGGCCAGGGACCCGGUGAGCGGCCUCGACGCGUCUCCAGAAGGGGCGCCGGGGGUGCGAGGUCGCGGCGGCUUCCACGCCGCAGCUGGGGGCCCUAGGGGGGCUGCCCACGCCGACGCGAGCGGCACAGACGGCGGGCUCUCUUUGAGUCCCUCGACAGGUGCCGAGACGUCGGGCUCCACACGGUCGCGGUCGGUGCCGUACUUGCGGGCGGCGGAGAGGGCUGAGGACGUCGCCAAAGCCAGAGAGGCGCCGCACUCGUUCUCUUCGGGUGCAGUGGUUUCACACAAAGCGACAGGCUCCGCGGCCUCCAGUGGACCUGAAACCCACCCCCCCGCAACCGAGCUGUUCCCGCGGAAGCCAGGCGCGUCGCCACGCAGGCGGCCGCUGCUGCGCAGCAGCGGCCCGCAGGGCCUGGGGGCUCACAAGGGUUUCGGGGUCGACGUCGCGCGGGGUUUCUCCAGUCGGGGGCCGCCAGAAACGCUUCCCGACUUCAGUCAGCACGACAAUCUCUCGUGGCCGUCUCUCCCGGUGAGCGGCGCGAGCGAAGCGUCUGCGUCGCGGACGCCACCUCGCGGGGGUGGCGCGUCCUCUGCAUCCGCUCCCAAAAAGGAGCGCCGUAGCAGCGCCGGGGACGCAGUGUCGAGUCGCGCCGCGGAGCCGAAAUACCACGAAGCAAGCAGCAUGUCUGGGCAACAAAAUUCGCGCGCAGGCUCCGCGGAGAAGCUCGCGGACGCCGAGGGGCCCCAGAAGACGACUUGGGCCGUGCCUGUGCAGCUGCCGUCGCCGGUCCACCGAAGGCGGGGCGCCGACUGCAUACCCAACGCGUGGAGCUUCGACGCUGCCGCUAGCGCGCCCGCCGCCGCGUCUCCGAGCGGCCGUCGUUCGGAAAAGCCCCUCGAAAAAGCUGCGGCGCAGGAUGCGGCGAAUGCCCGCGAGCGCGGCGGGCGGGGUUGGCGGUCUCAGUCCUGCGAGGCGCUCUCACCUUCCGAGGGAGAGUCCCAGGCGACAGUGAGCGCGGCGGGGGACGAGACAGGAGGUGAAGAGGAGCUCGGGAGCCGCGACAGGCCCUCCUGCUUCCAGCCUGGCUCCGCUGAGCGUAAUAACGCGUUGAGGUUGCCUGUGCCUAACUGCGGGGCUCCGCGUUCCAGCGAGGCUCGCAGUCAAAACGACGCAGCGGCAGGCCAUGUUUUGGUCGCAGAGGCGGCAGUCGAGCAGCUGGGCCGUGGGGGGGGCGUCCGGAAUCGGGAGCGAGGGGACGCAGGGGAGGGUUCAUGGGCUGCGCGCGAGAGCGCUGACCAGGCGGCCUUCCCUCGAAGGAGCGCAGCUGAGAAGGGCAGCUCGUCUCUCACCGAUGCGAGCCCAGCCGCGGGCACAGGCGCCUCACAGCACGGAGGCCGACGAGGCGCGCGAACGGCGGGCAUACAGAAGGACGGGAAAGGGAGUGCGACCCCAAGUUUGCCCGCCGCGUCCUCAGGAUAUCAGGAGAAGCCCGGCUCUGUCGUCCCCGUCAUUCUCCCCUCCGGACUCGUCUCCGCGCCCGCGGCCGUCUCGAUUGGCGCGGCAUCUCCCGCGGCGGUCCCUGUGGCUCCGUCCUUCGCCGCGGUUGCGGCGGCCGCCGCCGCCGCCACGAACCCGAGCAGCCCAGAGGCCGCGCCGAAAGGCCCCGCUUUCCCGUGGGGUGCGGGCGCGAGGACGCGGGGCGGCACCGCCCCGGCGGCGGCGUCUGCAGACGGCGACGAAGGUGCGUCGCGCCGCAGGCAGGCAGCCUGGGGGAGAGCUGCGAGCGGGCUUGAAGACAGGGAGGAAAGGGCGACGCCGGUUGGGGGCGACCGGAGCGGAGAGAGGCGCAGGGGAGAUGGUGGGGCUCCAGAGGGAGGGCGAUCGGCCUUCGACGGAGGCGACCGCGAGAAGAGGGCGUCAUCAGCUGCUUCAGCGGACUGCGUUCAUGAGACGUCCAGCCGCGAGGGCCGUCCGCCGUCCUCGGCGACGCGUCGCGCGUCGGUUUCUUCUCAGACUUCCACUCUCUCGUCUCCGCCGUCGUUCUCCGCGCAGGUGUCUUUGGGGUCUGUGCAGCUGCCUGAGGGGACCGGCUCGUCUCAAGCGCCGAAGCGGAACUGGGCUGCCGUCGUGUUGACGAGCCCGGCGCCCUCCAAGGCCUCGCAGGGGAGAGACGCCCCAGCCGCUUCCGCGGUUCUCAAAGACAAAGCGAAUUCAGCAGGUGAUUUUGAAAAGCCGAAAGGCAGGGAUCCUCGGGGGGGUCUGCCGGCUCUGGUACUUCCAAGGCGCGCGCGGCAAAGGCGACACCCGCGGGACCCGGCGGAGACCCGCCUCUGGCGUCGACAGGCUCGGCGAUGUCGAGCAGGGCUGCGGCUGUCGCGUCUCGCUCGUCUGCGGUCCCGGCCGACGAGGGCUCGAGCGCAGCGUCCCAGCGUCUAUCGGAAGGAGACACCACGGGGAAAGGCGAGGACGAAGACAGGCGACGAGAAAAGGACGCGGCAGAGAAUGGAGGACAGGCUUCAUCCCCGGCUUCUGCAGGGCAGUGGGCGACGAAAGGGCCUUCGCUUCUCUCGCGUGUGUCAGGCUCUCCCAAGGCGUCUGCGCUUUCUCCUUCAGUUUCCGCGAAAGAAUCGGAGCCGCGAAAGUCUCCCGCGUCGAGUCCAGGGCCCCAAAACUCCAGCUGCGACCUCGCGUCGUCACGUGACGGACCGGCUUCUGUUCCGGCCUCAGCUUCUCCUUCGCUGUCUGCGGGUGCGUCUCCAGGGAAUGCAGGCGAGACGUCAAGCGUGA